CCAGUGAAUGGAAGGGGCGGGGCCAGGUACGGUCAGGCUUAGGAGGGAGGAGCUAGAUGAUGCCGGAUUCCAGGGGAGGAGCCAGGACACCUGUGCAAGACUGAAGGGGAGGAGCCGGUACACCUGUGCAAGACUGAAGGGGAGGAGCCGGUACACCUGUGCAAGACUGAAGGGGAGGAGCCGGUACACCUGUGCAAGACUGAAGGGGAGGAGCCGGUACACCUGUGCAAGACUGAAGGGGAGGAGCCGGUACACCUGUGCAAGACUGAAGGGGAGGAGCCGGUACACCUGUGCAAGACUGAAGGGGAGGAGCCGGUACACACCUGUGCAAGACUGAAGGGGAGGAGCCGGUACACCUGUGCAAGACUGAAGGGGAGGAGCCGGUACACCUGUGCAAGACUGAAGGGGAGGAGCCGGUACACCUGUGCAAGACUGAAGGGGAGGAGCCGGUACACCUGUGCAAGACUGGAGGGGAGGAGCCGGUACACCUGUGCAAGACUGGAGGGGAGGAGCCAGUACAUCUGUGCAAAACUGAAGGGGAGGAGCUGGGAUGCAUGUGCAAGACUGGAGGGGAGGAGCCGGUACGCCUGCGCAAGACUGGAGGGAGGAGCCGGGACGCCUGCGCAAGACU